GUUCACGGAACAUAAAACCACAAAUAAAAAACAAAACAGUGACAGAUACACAUGUAUUAAUCUGUUAUAACCAUGUUCAUAUCCAUGGAACUUGAAAGGUCCUUCAACACCCCAAUGGAACCUUCUCAACCAUGCACUUUCUAGCCCCUUUCCAUUUCAACCACGAACCCUAAUUUUCUUAAUAUGGCCACUAUCCUGGAAGUUCACCAUUGAUUUUACAUCACCCUUUAUCAUACUAUAAAUACAAACCCUAGCUUCAAUCUUUUUUUGAUAUCAGUUGAGACAAUUGGAUUUUGGUUGGUGAUUAGCUAACCCUUUUGUUGAUAAUGCUUGGAGUUGAUAACAACCAUGGUGUGAUGAUGAAUAGAAAAGGAAAGAGCAAAAGGGGUGAGAAGAAGGAUGUUAAAGUGACAUAUAUUUCAAGCCCUAUGAAGGUGAAGACCAGUGCUUCAAACUUCAGAGCCCUUGUGCAAGAACUCACAGGCCAAUUCUCCAAUGUUGCUGAAAUGUUUGUGGAAGCUGAUUAUUGUUACAAUUAUGAUGAUGGUGUUCUUGAUGAUGUUAAGCUAAAGGGCACAAACAUUCAACAAUGGAGUGGCACUAGUGAAACCUAUUCUCAUGACUCUAGUUCUUGGUUCAAUCAUUCUACCUCUUUCAUGGAACCACUAAAUGGACAACUUCAAUCUGAAUUCUUCAGCUUCGAUAUGAUUUAGAAGUUUUUGAUCAUCAUUCAUUAGAAGCAACAACAAUAAGUCCCUUUCUCUUUUUUAUUUUUAUCCUUUUAC